CAGAGGCUGGACUUCUGCGGACCCAGGUGGGGCCUUUGCUCCAGAUGUCGCUGUUUGCAGACGCUGGGGCGCCGGCGGAUAAAGGGAGACAGCUGCGAGGGGGCGCAGGACGAGAAUUGCGCAGCUGGAGAGCCCGCGCCUCGCUCCAGCGCCUCGCCCGGCCCCGCCCCCGGCUGCCGUGGGGGGUGGGGGCGCCCCCGUCCCGUAGGCGCUGGUGCCCGGCGCGCGGGUCCCGGCGCGGCCAUGAGGAAGCAGAGCGUGCGCACGGCCGCGCUCAUCCUGUGCAUCCUGUCCUACCUGCUGGUGGGCGCCGCGGUCUUCGACGCGCUCGAGUCCGAGGCGGAGCGCGGCCGGCAGCGGGCGCUGGCCCAGAAGCGCGGCGAGCUCCGGAGGAAGUACGGCUUCUCGGCCGAGGACGACCGCGAGCUGGAGCGCCUGGCGCGGCAGGCCGAGGCGCACCGCGCCGGCCGCCAGUGGAAGUUCGCCGGCUCCUUCUACUUCGCCAUCACCGUCAUCACCACCAUCGGGUACGGCCACGCCGCGCCGGGCACGGACUCAGGCAAGGUCUUCUGCAUGUUCUACGCGCUCCUGGGCAUCCCGCUGACGCUGGUCACCUUCCAGAGCCUGGGCGAGCGGCUGAACGCGCUGGUGCGGCGCCUCCUGCUGGCGGCCAAGCGCUGCCUGGGCCUGCGGCGACCGCGCGUGUCCACCGAGAACAUGGUGGUGGCCGGGCUGCUGGCGUGCGUCGCCACCCUGGCCCUCGGGGCCGCCACCUUCGCCCACUUCGAGGGCUGGACCUUCUUCCAUGCCUACUACUACUGCUUCAUCACCCUCACCACCAUCGGCUUCGGCGACUUCGUGGCGCUGCAGAGUGACGAGGCCCUGCAGAGGAAGCCGCCCUACGUGGCUUUCAGCUUCCUCUACAUCCUGCUGGGGCUCACGGUCAUCGGCGCCUUCCUCAAUCUCGUGGUCCUGCGCUUUCUCGCCGCCAGCGCAGACGCGCCCGAGCGCGCUGCCAGCCGCGCCAGCCCGUCCCGCCGGGGGGCGCCCGAGAGCCGCGGCCUCCACUGGCCCCGCGGCGCUGCGGGUGCCCGGGCCGCCACCUGCGUAGCCCACCGCACCCUCCAGCUGCAGAUGCACGCCUGUGACAAUCCAGGCUUCUCUCCGCCUUGGAGCCCCACGCCCGUACGCGGCAGCAGGGCAGAUAGGCCCCGCGCCCGGAGGAAGUCCAUCUGAUCCAGCCUAGCUGGGCCAGGCUCCAACUAGAUGGGAGGGUCCGGUUUCACCUAUCAGGGUACCGCCCCAGGGUCCGCAGAGGAGGGGUGAGGGGCUCAGGGGUGUCUUCUGGCAUGAGCAUCUUCUGUGGCUCAGCCCCUUCCUCCCCCACCCUCCAGAAAUAUAGCCAUACUGUAUUGUAAGCACAAGCCAGACUCUACAGUCACCCUGUAAGUGCCAAUCUCUCCUAAUCCAAAUUGUAGGUCACCUGGGCACUUCUGCCCCAGGAGAGGCCCCACACAGGUGCAUGCCAGAAGCCCACUCAUCAGACAGGUGACUGUUUCUGUUGUGAAGAGGCAGUUCUUUAUGCUGCACGGGAAAUGCACAACUCUGGAAUCCUACAUCAAGGCCAGAGGAAACAGGAAACACUGGAAACAGGAACCGAGUUGGACGAAGGGGAGCUGCACACCAGCCAAACAGCCCAUCUCUGCACUGUGCAAACCACCACUCCUCCUCACCCAGCAUGGAGCGCUAACCUGGCCCGCGUGUGAAUGGUUCUCCCACUUUGGCCCUGGUCAAUCCCACUGUCCGGCCCAGAGGCUUUGCUGACAGCUACCAGGACUACCUUGAGGCAGCCCAAUGCCGUGGGUCCCGUCUAUCAUCAGUAGUGUGACCUACAGGUUACCUGGGCCCGUUUCCACAUCAGUAUGAUGGGUGGGGUUCCUCCAGAACUCUGCUCCUGUGGUGCAUCUCUGGCAUGGCUUUCUAGGACAGGCCUCAGCCCCAUAAGGGAAUACAAAUGACACCCACGGUUGGCCAUCCUUGCAUCCCAUAGAACUCAGCCCUUUAGAACACAAGUGUCUCAGACAGAACUGUUUAAGCAGAGAGCAAGCCAGGUUAGAAAAGCCAAAAACUUUAAUUUGAGCUACAUGGUCAUGAACACAACAUGAGCUACAUGGUCAUGAACACAAUGCAGCGUGACCCACUCCAACCCAGGGGCCCUGAAACCCUCCCUCCCUAAAGGCCCAGUGGCUCCUGCUCUGGGAGGGGGCAUGAAUGUGGGUGAACAGGAGGUGGCCUCCAGCUCAAGGAGCCAGGGACCUUCCCACAACCACUCCACAGGAGGCAGUCAUGGCAUGAAAGGGCUCGGAGGGGGACACCAACACCCUAGCUCCGGACUCCACUCUGCUCAUGGCCAUGUGGGUAAAAUGGGCAGGGCCACCUGCCCUAGGGGCUUUCAGUGAGCUCCUGGAUGUGAAUGCUUUCUGCCCAUUGACGUGCUGCUGCCUCUGCGAACACAGGCCUCCCAGAGGGCAGAGGGAGCUGAUGGAGGGGCGGGCAGGGGCUUGGUCCUCUGGGUCUGGCACAGCACUGCUGCUCAAUAAAUAAAUGCAGGUGACCUUGCCUGAUGCAGCUGUGCCUCUGGAGGGAGUGGGCUCAGUGCUUUCUGAACACGGGCACGCCCAGCGCUCCGGGUGAAGGAGCUGGUUGGUGCAUCAGCGUGUGAAGGGCAUAACCCAAGUAUCCACUUAAAUUCCUGGGGUGAAGAGAGCUCCAAACUCCUGGAGAAGUGAGUGCUAGUGUUGGCUGAGCCACUCACACCAGGCAGGACUUUCAAAAGCAACUUCCUCCCCCAGAACCUUGGCCUCUCUCUUGAAAAUGGGGC